UCGAUGAAAAUCGUGAAGAAUGUUUUGAGAGAAGAUAAUGAUUAUAAAUAAAUAUUUAGAUUGAAUUCUCGCAUUGCUUUUUUAUGAUUCUGUUUCUCGGAAGUUAUAAGUUUAGAAAUGCAUUUCGAUUUCACCAUGGCGACGAAUACAUCGAUGAGGUUACCAUUGAUCUUCCAAAUGCAAAUAGAUAGAAUAUAUACUAUGGAACAAGAGCAAGGAGAUCGAAAUAAAAUUUGUUAAUGUGUACGUCCUACAUCUUUGAUAUUGUACGUAUGAUUAAGUUGUAAUAAAACGAUCUAAUCAACAUUUCUUUUUAGAUUUCGAACUAUGUUAUAAUAGUGACAAUAACGGAUUGUUAAUCUUAUUAUUACGAUUUUAAUAUUUUCGUUUAGUAACGAAAUUAAACAUAUUUUGACUUUUCAUUUUGAUUAUGUCAGUAUUUAACUAUUUAUUUAAAAUACUAAAUCGUAGGAGCAAGAAUAUGGCAGAGCAUAGAGGAACAUCGUUCUAUAAUUCUUGCGUGAAAGUACCCAUAGAUCCAUGUAGUAGACAACCGACUCCUUCUUACGAACGUCCACGAUCUAUCAAAAGCGAAAAACAAAGUGUUACGGACAAAGGAAGAAAAAUAAAUUUUGCUGCGAAUGAUUUGCCAAAAACAGAGUCGGAAUUGUCGAGUCCUCGAGAAAAUUUAGAAGGUUUCCUUGAAUUUUUGGAGAGUAUACCAGAUUACAAACAAAUACAUCACCUGUCUAACGAACAGUUUCGACAAAAGGUAGAAUAUCUGAAAAGGAAACAACGACUUUAUUUGAAGAAUUUAAAAAAUAUCUUCGACGAACCUGAGAAAGAUACGACAAGAAUUUCAUCGAGAAGUAAUGGUAAUACGAAAAUUAUGCAAGAUGAUUUCAACGAAUUAAGAUUGAAUGGUAAAAAAUGUUAUAUCGAGGAAUCGAGAACGAACAGUCCUAUACUUUAUCCAUCCGGUAAUUUUUCUGGACUUAUGGAAGAUCAAGAUCUUCUGACAUAUAGAUUUAAGGAUAAAGAAGCCAAAAGUAUACGUAACAAAGAAAUACAUACUGCCAAUAAAGGCUGGAGUACAUGGAGUGAAUCAAAAAGCAAUGAAAGUUUAAAUAGCGAUUCGGAAGAUAGCGAGGAGACAAAGAGUCUGCCAGCUAGUGGUUCAAAGGAAUGGCAUCCGACUGUGCCUAAACCGUUUAGCUUCACUCUUAGAGAAGAAGCGGAAAAGUAUAUGACAUUGACGGAAAUGGAAGCGAAUGAAGAUUCAAAGAAGGAAAGCAAUAAGAAAGGUCCUUCUAAGAAACGUCGCGUCAGACCAAUUCCUCUUACCUCUAAAAUACCACUUUAUGACAAAUUACUUGCAGAAAAAGAAGAAAGAAGUCGCAUAGUCCGCGAAGAGAGUGCAUUGAACUUAUUGUCUCAAGUGCGUCCUUUCAAGCUCGAAUGUGACCGAAGAGCGUGGAGAUCUUUAACACGAUCAAGUCCAGAUAUAUGUGGCAAAAAAUCUCGCUCAACUUCAAGAUUCAAGGCAAAACCUGUACCUAAAAACCUGUUCGGUACAGAGGUGUAUGACCGAAUGCUUGAAGAUGAAUAUUAUAGAGAAUUAACAAAAAAAGUGAGGGCAUCCGAAUUAAUGAGAUCUUCCUCAUUGCCACCUUCCAUGGCGAGACGAGAGCGUGUCAAAUCUGCAUGUGCUCAUUUACAAAAUUUUUCUAAUGAUUCGACAAGGGAAACGAUUGUUCAAAGUAGAGAAUCUUCGCGACUAUCAAAUCUUACAACAAUGACAUCAGAGAGAUCCAGAUCUGCAUUGACUAAUUUACCAACACGAGGCAACAACUUAGCAGCUGUUCUUAGAUGUCAAGCGUCACGAGAAAAGUUAGAACGAGAGAUAAGAGAACGAAUGGAAGAGAAACGUCGGGAGCAAGCUGUUAAAUUAAAAGAAAAUCUUAUUGGUCGUAAACCCGCGUGGAGAGCACUGAGAUCUGCAGCGAGGCACGAUCACGAAAGAGAUUUGGAUAUUCGAACAUCCUUGCGUCGUAACGAAGCUCGAGAACAAGCGGAACGUCAUCGCCUUCAAAUGGAAAUGAUGUUGGAUCGUGUAACACAGAUACCAACUCUUUUCGAACGACAUUCUCAGAGUUUCCAGUCUUUGUCAAAGCUGCAGUCAAAAAAUUAUGCAACGAAUAUGCAAAGAAAGAAACACAAGAGGAUACCAAAAAGAGAUAAUUCCAGUGGCACAGAUUCGUACGUAAGUUAUUGCAGUAAUUCAAGGCCAAAUUCGGGAUCGCUUACUAGUUCCUCUACUAUCCUGGCAUCUUCGAGUCAAUCAUCGAAGUCGUCGGAAUCCAAAGAAUCUGAAAAAUCACUCGAAAAAUCUGAAAAUUCUGGUCCUAAGAAAAAAGGAGAUCGCGGACCACUUAAAGUAUCUAUCAAAGAAACGGCAGAGUUAAUUGAAGAUAAAUUAUCUAGCGAACAUUACAGCGAGGAUCGCGAUGAAGAUAUAUUACGAAGUGAUCAUGAUAUUCCGGAAAAAUAAAUAUAUGAGAUA